AUGGAUCAGCGAUCCUCCUCACUCGACAAGGCCUCAGCAGCGACAACUCGAAACACCGUCGCCGCCAUGCCCGAAAAAGCGGACAACGAAGCCACGGAGCAUGGCUCCAUCGUCCACGGAGACGUCACCGUGCAAACCAUGAAGCCAUUCACAACUCUUUCCGCCCUCGGUAUCGGCUACGGAACCACGAACACGGCCAUCGGCCUACUGUUAGUGUUUGGAAGUACCCUGCCCAUGGGCGGCUCGCCGCUCUUCUUUUGGGGCUUCCUCGUCAUGGCAUUUGUUGGUCUUGCAACUGCCACAACUCUCGCGGAGCUGGCCUCGGCUAUGCCGCACCCGGGUGGGCAGUAUAUCUGGGUCCACCGGCUGGCGCCGCCGAGCUCUCGCCGCUGGCUUGCUGCCGUCGCCACGGGCUCGUCGGCGUGUCUUUCGGUCCCGGUCGGCAUCUGCUCCAUCAUCACGCUUCUCGACCCAACUUUUGUCUAUAAGCGGUGGAUGGGUUUCUUGGGUUUCCAACUCCUCAACAUUGUCACCGUCUUCGGUGCGAGUUUCGAGAGUCUGCUGCCAAAGAUUUCCAAGAUCAUGUUGCUGUUCAGCUGCACCACCAUCGUCGUCAUUUUCAUAACCCUGUUCGCCAUGUCGGACGAGCACGCCUCCGCAAAAGACUUCUUCGCUACCACAGUAAACAUCUCGGGCUGGCAAAACGGCAUCGCCUUCAUCAUCGGAAUGAACGGCGCCAACUGGAGCUUUUCGUGCCUCGACGUUGCGACUCACUUGGCAGAGGAGAUGCCCCGACCCAGCACGGAUAUUCCAAAAGCACUGAUGUGGACUAUCGUCGUUGGCCUCGUCUCCGGACUCCUUGUUGUCACAUCUGUUCUCAUCAACGUCCCCAUCAUUGACGGAGCCGACGACAACUCGGCCCUGGCCCUGUUCUACCGCAUCACAGGCAGUAAGGCUGCUUCAGUGGGUCUCUGGGUGCCCGUCAUGAUCACAACCAUCGGCGCCGUCUGGUCUAUUCAGACCUGGCAGUCUCGGCUCGCGUGGACCAUCAGCCGCGAGGCCGGUUUCCCCAUGCACCGUCACCUGAGCAAGAUUGCGCCCUCCCCGCUGCAUACGCCUACCUGGUCGUUGAUAUUCUCCGCAUCAGGGACUGCCAUCUUCGGCUGCCUUUACCUCGCAUCCGACCUCGCUUUCAACUCCCUCAUAUCUACAGGAUUGCUACUUCAAUACAUCAGCUACAGUAUCCCCGUUGUCCUGGCACUUUCCCAAGGUCGCUCGAAUUUCAAACACGGCCCCUUUUGGUAUCCUAAACUUGGCUUUGCUGCGAACAUAGUCAUGCUUGCAUGGUCGGCUGUUGCACUCAUCUUUUACUGCUUCCCUUAUUACCUACCUGCUGUUGCAGAUCAAAUGAAUUAUGCUUCGGCUGUGCUUGCGGGCAUUGCCAUUAUCACCAUAUCACUGUGGUUCUUUUACGCGAAAAAGAACUACGAGGUCAAGGAAUACCUAGGCCAUUAG